AUGAGACUCAACUUCGCCUAUCCAGCCACCGGGCUCCAAAAGUCCUUCGAAGUCGACGAGGAGAAGAAACUCCGCGUUUUCUUCGAGAAGCGCAUGUCCCAAGAGGUUGCCAUUGAUUCUCUUGGAGACGAGUGGAAGGGAUAUGUCGUCAGAAUCGGAGGAGGAAACGACAAACAAGGAUUCCCAAUGAAGCAAGGAGUUCUCACCAACGGACGUGUCCGUCUUCUUUUGAAGAAAGGACAAUCCUGCUACCGUGAGCGUAAGAGUGGAGAGCGCAAGAGAAAGUCCGUCCGCGGAUGCAUCGUUGACGCCAACAUGUCCGCCCUUUCUCUUGUCAUCGUCAAGAAGGGAGAUGCUGAAAUUGAAGGACUCACCGACUCUGUUCUUCCACGCAAGCUCGGACCAAAGAGAGCCUCCAAGAUCCGCAAGCUUUUCAACUUGACAAAGCAUGACGACGUUACCAAGUACGUCAUCACCCACGAGAAGACCUUCCCAGAUGGUGUUGUCAAGACCAUCGCUCCAAAGAUCCAACGCCUCAUCACACCAGCCCGUAUCGCCAGAAAGAAGUACCUUCUCCGCCAAAAGCGCAAUCAACGCGCCAAGGUCCGCGAGGAGGCCCAAGCUUACCACAAGCUUCUCGCCAAGUACUCCAAGGAAGAGCACGAUGCCAAGAUCGCUCGCAGACGCUCUUCGGCUUCCCACCACUCGGAGACCGAGGUCAAGAAGACCGGAAAGAAGUAA